AUGUCAACGGCUUUGCCAAAUCCACAGAAGACCUUUCCACGACCUCCAUCAACGACCGGCUCCAACGCGGAUCCUUUUGCAUCUCCAGAAGUGAGCUCUCCUGUGCUUGUUCUUCCUCGCGUAAAUACCGGCACACAAAGUAGUAACACUUCUGAUCUCACUGUACGUGGUGGAGACCGUGGAAGACGUAACAUCCGCGUACUGAGUGGACCUCCGCAAUAUCGUGCUGUUGGCGGCAAUUCUGUUUCUAAGAAAGACAUUGAUCGAGGUUCUGUUGACUAUGUUCCACAACCGCCAGCACAACCAACUGUCUAUUACGUGAGUCCGACAGGGUCGCCUGAUCCCGACACUUAUGGUUUUCCAGAUGCUUCUGUCGACCCAUCCUACAAUUAUGGUGUUGAGUGGCCACAUGAUGAUCCAGCGGAUCCACCGAACGUGCACAGCACUAUUUCGUAUGGCAAACCCACAACUGUCACCGAAAAGGAGCAAGCCGGCGUUGCAAGUGAGGAAAGCGCACUUCUCCAACAAAAAUCGACGAACAAACACGAUGCGAAAACGAGGGAACUAAAAGUGAAACUGGGCAGCGGCACCUACGGUGGAGUCUACCUCUGUCAGCACGUCAUGGAGGGUGUCCCGCUCGGCACAUUUGCACUCAAGAAAGUGCCUGUCGGCGAUAACGCAGAAUACCUCCAAAAAGUACUGAGUGAGGUCCGUAUUCUGGAAGAGGUGAAGAGGCACCCGAAUGUUGUCGAGUACAACCACAGCUGGGUGGAAGAGGCGCAGCUGGCUGACUUUGGCCCACCGGUUCGCUGUCUGUUCAUUCUGAUGGAAUACGCGACCGAAGGCGCUCUGGAUUCGUACCUUGAAGGGACAGCGCACUUGCAUCAGAAGAACAUCCUUCAUCGAGACCUGAAGCCUCAAAAUUUACUUUUGACUGGGCCACCUGGUAAGCCGCCGCGUGUACUUGUGAGUGAUUUCGGCACCGCCGCGCUUCUCGGCGAAAAAGCGUACGAACGUACAGGAGGAACAGGCACCCUUGAGUACAUGGCGCCGGAGCUGAUGGAAGUACUUCCCAACUGUAGCGAGGAACGCUACGUCAAUCAUCAUACCAAAGCCUCUGAUGUGUGGUCUCUUGGAAUGAUUCUCUAUUAUCUCGCGUGCGAUACCGCCCUGCCUGCGCACCUUCCCGAUGGCUCCGUCGCCCUCAACCAUAUCCAGAGUCGAUCUCCUUUCACGCGCCCCCCAGAAAUGGUCGAACUAAUACGCGCGAUGUUGCAGCGAGACCCAAGAAGGCGGCCUAGUUGCAAUGAAAUCCUGUCUUCCACUGUCGUACAAACUAUACUGCGCAGUUUUAACAGCGCAGCAGCAAGUGGCACGAAUGAGAACGAUAACAGUGGUUACAACGUUAUCACACGCGAUAUCAUGCCGUGUGACGAUCGAACAGGCUCAUCGUCGCCGCCACGAACAGAGUUUUUGAGGAAGCAGCGCGAGCCUUCCUUACUGAGUCAUGGCAGCAACAAAAAUGACGAUACCACGUACGCCAAUGAGGGAAAGGUAGACAAAAGCUCAAUACCGGCGUUUGGAACGGGAGCCAGCGAUAAUUGCGACCGCGACGAACUCUGCGAGGAAGACCUGCAAAGUAGCCGCGUGGAGCUUAUGUCUACGACCGUGAACCCCAGCGCCCACAAUUUGAUGGAAGUUCCGCUACUGAUGCAGUACAGAUCCAACGAUGCGGCCACAACUGCAUCGCGGUUUGUCAGCUCCAAGAGCGGUGGCAGCAGCCGGGUUACCUCCACUGCUGAUGCACAGGCGUCUCCUCUUCCGCAUUUUGCCUCCUCACUUUUGCUAGGGCGAAGAGCAACACCCUCCGGUCCGGACGGAAGCGCACGGGCACUGUCUCCAGGACACCUUUCACCUACCGCUCGACGACCCCUGAUGGUAGAUGCGGAAGUGCAAACUGACCCUGUCAACAUUCUCGACUAA